CUCUUCACCACGGGCUCAGCGGGGAGAAGAUGGCGGCUCGCGGUGGCUUCCAAGCGGCGGCAGCAGGAGGCGGCGGUGGAGGGCUGGGUCCAGGGCAGCCGGGACCGGGUGCUGGGCCGGGAAUGGGACCGGGGACUCCCUCGGGCCGGAUGGGUCCUUCCUCGGCAGCACAGAACCACCUUUACCGCUCCCCAAUGCCAGGGCCCGGAUACCCGCGUCCUGGGAUGCCUCCAGGUAGUCGGAUGACCCCUCAGGGCCCGUCGAUGGGCCCGCCUGGCUAUGGUGCCAGUCCAGUCUCGAGACCUGGCAUGCCGGUGAUGGACCAGUCCCGCAAGAGACCUGCACCACAGCAAAUCCAGCAAGUGCAACAACAGGCGGCUCAGAACCGCAACCAACAUGCAAAGAAAAAAAAGAUGGCGGAUAAAAUUCUACCUCAGAGGAUCAGAGAGCUGGUACCAGAAUCGCAGGCCUACAUGGAUCUUCUGGCGUUCGAGAGGAAACUGGACCAGACUAUAAUGCGGAAAAGACUUGACAUUCAGGAGGCACUCAAACGGCCUAUCAAGCAAAAGCGAAAGCUUCGCAUUUUCAUUUCAAAUACGUUUAAUCCUGCCAAGCCUGAUGCGGAGGACGGCGAGGGAACUGUGGCCUCCUGGGAGCUGCGUGUGGAAGGCAGACUCCUUGAGGAUACAGCUGUAUCCAAGUAUGAUGCCACGAAACAGAAAAGGAAAUUUUCCUCUUUCUUCAAAUCUCUGGUGAUUGAAUUAGACAAGGACUUGUAUGGCCCUGACAACCACUUGGUGGAGUGGCACAGGACUGCUACCACCCAGGAGACGGACGGUUUCCAGGUGAAGAGACCUGGUGACGUGGGAGUGCGCUGCACAGUGCUCCUCAUGCUGGACUACCAGCCUCCUCAGUUCAAACUGGACCCUCGACUGGCUCGCAUGCUGGGCAUUCACACCCAGACCCGCCCGGUCAUCAUCCAGGCCCUCUGGCAAUAUGUCAAAACCCACAAGCUGCAGGACCCGCACGAGCGGGAGUUUAUCAACUGCGACAAAUACCUCCAACAGAUAUUUGAGACCCAGCGAAUGAAGUUCUCCGAGAUCCCUCAGCGUUUGCACGCUCUGCUGAUGCCCCCAGAGCCAAUCAUCAUCAACCACGUCAUCAGUGUUGACCCCAAUGACCAGAAGAAGACAGCCUGCUAUGACAUUGAUGUAGAGGUGGAUGACACACUGAAGACCCAGAUGAACUCCUUCCUGCUGUCCACAGCCAGCCAGCAGGAGAUUGCAGGGCUGGACAACAAGAUCCAUGAAACUAUAGAGACCAUCAACCAGCUCAAAACGCAAAGGGAGUUCAUGCUGAGCUUUGCCCGAGACCCACAGGGAUUCAUUAAUGACUGGCUGCAGUCACAGUGCAGGGAUCUGAAGACAAUGACUGAUGUGGUGGGCAACCCAGAGGAAGAGCGCAGAGCCGAGUUCUACUUCCAGCCCUGGGCUCAGGAGGCAGUGUGCCGCUACUUCUACUCCAAGGUCCAGCAGAGGAGGCAGGAGCUGGAGCAGGCUCUUGGAAUCAGAAACACUUAGACCUGAGCGAUGUCAGCCAGGAGGGGGCAUGGCCAGGGCAUGGCGAGUGGGAGGGUCACCAGAACAUUGCUCCACUCACAGACUCUGUGACUCCAUCAUUCUUAAUAUGCUGCCUUUAAACAGGGCUGAAGCUAUUGUCUGUCCAAAAGAUAAGGCCUUCUGAGUCUGAUUAUAUCAAACACCACCCAGAUAGCCAGCGGCACCAUGUGGAGAUCCUCCCUCUCUCUUCAUUUUUGGGGUUUUGGGGUGAUUUUGUUCUCAUCUGAUGCCCUGAUUGCCUGUAAACCUGAAUGCUCCCCAUCUGUCCUCCUGACGUCUCCAGAACUGCCUUGCCUCCACAGUGGACCUUUAGUAUACAGUGAAAACUACUUGUAGUGACUGUUCGAUAACAUUUUUCAGAAGUAGGAAUCCUUAUAUGGCCAUUUUUCUGAAUGGCCUCCAUUGAUCUGUGAUGCAGCUGUCGAUGUAGCCUUUGAGCAGUGUUUGACUGUGUUUGGUGCUGACAUCUCACAGGGUUUGGCACCAGUGCAGGAAGUAUAGGUGGAAGAUGGUAUUCAAUGGAUCAUUGAUCCGUGGCUCCGUGACCUUUUCUUUGCACAGUGACCUUCCCUGACUAGUAACCUACCUACAGUUAACCAGCUGGGUGUUUUGAACCUGAUGAAUUAACUGAUGCUUUUAAACAUUGUUCUUUCAUUGGCAGCUUUUCCUCCAAACUCCUCUCUGUAGCUUCCCAGGUUCAGUCCUCUAGACAAACAUAAGUGUUCUGGCUGGUACAAGCUGUGACGCAGCACUGGGAUUUGCCUCGAAGGGACCAUUUAUCUGCUUUUUUGUGGGGGUUUGUGACCCUCACUCUUGUUGAGUUUAGAAUACUAAAGACCAACUAGAUAAGCACCGUUCUCUAGCCACAGGUGUUUGAGUGUAGGCAGUUUGCCAUAGGUUAGUCUAGUUAGCUGAAUUACAUACAGAUCCUGUGCCAUUUUUAUUUCCUCUACAAGGAGUUGUGGAAUGAGGGGAUGGGACAGUGAAUAAGUAAAGAAAGCUGGAAUGUGGAACCCGGUUAUUGUGGUGGAUGUAAUCAUUUAUAUCCAUUUAAUCUUUGUGUAUGUUUACCCUUAAGAUUCAAAUGAUAAGAAAAAAAGCUGCAAAAAAAACAAUAUUGAAUUAUUAUGUUAGACUUUUUAUUGCAACAAGCCAUACGUAAAUCAUCAAACAAUUUUGACUUUACUAUGGAAAGUUGACUUUGUAACAAAACUCCACUGGGUGGGAUAGUAUCUGGUUAUUGAAGUUAGUGGUAGAGAUACAGAAUAUGCGCAUAUUACUCCCUUUCCUCUCGUGUCAAGUUACACUGACAUGCAAUUUAAUUGUAACUGUUGGAUUAGUGUGUCUGCAGCAGCAGCAAUCCCUGGAGGCUCAAAUACAUGAAUAUACUCAGUCUUAGGGAUUUUUUUUUUCUUCUCCCCCUUUAUGGACCAAAUUGUUUUGUUGUAUUUUGUAUUUACUGUGUUACCCUUAUUUUAAUAAAGAGCUUCUUGACUUU